GGAGGGAGGAAAGGAAGGAAGGCGGUCUCCGAGCGAGCGAGCAACUUCCGCGUCUCCUUUCCUGGGCUGGGACAGCGAAAUCAAACGAAACGCUCUUGUUCACAAACUUUAUCUCAAAGUUCAGGUUUUGAGGGGCCUCCUCCGGCGUACACCUCAGCAAUGUCGAGUUACGUUGGCUUUGCGAACCUCCCCAACCAAGUUCACCGAAAGUCGGUGAAAAAGGGCUUUGAAUUCACCCUGAUGGUUGUAGGGGAGACGGGUUUGGGCAAAUCCACACUUAUCAACAGCUUGUUCCUCACCGAUCUCUACCCUGAACGCUACAUUCCUGGCGCCGCAGAAAAGAUCGAGAGGACGGUGCAGAUCGAGGCGUCCACGGUGGAGAUCGAAGAGCGGGGAGUGAAGCUCCGCCUCACCGUGGUGGACACACCGGGCUACGGCGACGCCAUCAACAGCCAGGACUGCUUCAAGACCAUCAUUCAGUACAUCGACAACCAGUUUGAGCGCUACCUCCACGACGAGAGCGGCCUCAACCGCCGCCACAUAGUGGACAACCGCGUGCACUGCUGCUUCUACUUCAUCUCGCCUUUUGGACACGGUCUCAAGCCUUUGGACGUGGAGUUCAUGAAAGCCAUCCACAGCAAAGUGAACAUCGUCCCCGUCAUCGCUAAGGCCGACACGCUGACGCUGAAGGAGAGGGAUCGCCUGAAGAGACGGAUCCUGGAUGAGAUCGCCGAGCACGGAAUUCGAAUCUAUCAGCUACCUGACGCCGACUCGGACGAGGAUGAGGAGUUCAAGGAGCAGACCAGAGUCCUGAAGGCCAGCAUUCCCUUUGCCGUGAUUGGCUCCAAUCAGCUGAUCGAGGUGAAGGACAAGAAGAUCCGCGGUCGCCUGUACCCGUGGGGGGUCGUGGAGGUGGAGAACCCUGAGCACAACGACUUCCUCAAGCUGCGCACCAUGCUGGUGACGCACAUGCAAGACCUGCAGGAGGUCACUCAGGAUCUGCAUUACGAGAACUUCCGCUCCGAGAGGCUGAAGAGAGCUGGAAGAGCUGUGGAUGAGGACGUGAUGGAUAAAGACCAGAUACUGCUACAGAAGGAGGCCGAGCUGAGACGCAUGCAAGAGAUGAUCGCUAAGAUGCAGGCGCAGAUCAAGAUGAAAUCAGACGAGUAAACACACACUCCGCACCGCACCGUGCUGUCUGUCGCCCUAUACAAGUGUGUUUUUAGAAUCCCCCACUUUCCACUUGUGUAUGACCUUUUAGUUGAUUUUUGUCUUGAUAUAGCUCGCCCCUUACAGGUUAACGGGGAAUUCAAAGUCAUUGGUGGAUUCCUUUUUGUCAUAUCAUCUGCCAGAUAAUCAUACCGUACUGUCCCACUCCAGUCUUAAUGAGAAUCUAUUAUGAGCACUUUGACAUGAUCACGCUUUAUAACUGUUUGCUUCUCUUCAAGUCAGCCACCCUAUAGUAGGUCAUUUUCCUGCCUAAUGUCGCCUUAUCCAGCAGCCACAAAGGUUUCUAAGAAUCCCAAGGACCGACAGACAGACAGGCAGGCAGGCAGGCAGACAGACAGACAGACACAAGGGAUAUGCUCACAGCUGGUGCUAUUAUUUUUGCCAACUAAUCUAGAUUACAGUGGGACCUUGGUCAUGGCCAUUUUUUAAGCAGUACUCAGUAUGUAGGUAUUUUCCUGUCAAAUAUAUCGUUUUGUGGACUUUCAUAAAUGAUGUUGCCGGUCACAUACAUGACUAUUUGAUCCCGUCAUGCCAACGGACACUCUUUAACCAUGACUGACCAGUUGUACCGCUCCACUGCAAUAAAGGAUUGUUUGCAGAAAACA